CCUUUGCAUUGCGGCUUGUCGUCCGUCUGGCUGUUCAUUGGGGAGGCCGCGAGUCCGACCGACGCCACGUCGCCUCGUCGUUGAGGAGCGGAGGCCGGCGAGAUCUGCCGCGGGCGGAGUGCUGGAGAGCCGUCGACUGGAGCUGCGGGAGUGCGCGUGCCUUCAGGCCAAAACUCUCCACUCUUACUCCGUUUCUCCCGUCUCCGUUUUUCUUCUCCUUUUUUUUUUGUUGAGAAAAUUCACGGAACCUGUCGUCGCGGAGACACUGCCGGCUGUGCCCUCUCCCCACGGUGGUCAAUCCCGUCGUGCCGCCUGCCUCUCACGCGGAGGCUGCGCUGCACCAUCCUGCGUCUCAACGCUCGCCGGCUUCGUCUGACCGGGGAAACCCGCUGGAUUUAUGAUGGUCUGAUGAUGGCAUCGCGCACACACGAGUACACUGACAUGCCUCCAAGCCUCCAAGCUUGACUCUCCUGUGGUUUAUGUAUCCCGGGGCAUAAAUCAUAAUAACAUCAAAUUCAGAUUUGCUGAUGUGUGACGCCUGCUUGUCAUGUUCGUGCACAAGACUUCGAUGCUAUGCUACAGAUUGGGAAGAUGACAAGGCUGUGUUUAGUUGGCUCGAGUCAAAUGCCCUGACAGGCGAAAGUCGCGUCUUUUUUCAAGAUUUGUAGUACAACAGUUUAGCAACAUGUUACUUUCCCCUACCUCAGACUCAAGAGUUCUCCGCAUCUCCAGUUCAUCAGAAGUUCAGGUUUUGGGAUGCUUCAGAGGUUUGCGGUGCUUUCAGUUCGGAUGAAGUGAACAGCUUUUCGCCCGAUUGGCUUCUCCUGCACAUCUGGGAGGUUGAAGAACACCUGUUUGUUUUCUGUUAAACAUGCUAGAAAAUUGAUUCAGAAUUUCACUGAAGACGAUAUGGCAGGCACACAUUGCUCAGAUCAAACCUCUCCAAUUUUGACUGAAUAUCAUAUCACAGUUCCUACUCUUCAUGAAGUCCAUCACGAGAGAAGGCUACUGGAUUGCCUCAGAGCCACUCCCUCGGUGGAGUGGCUGAAGAAUAUCAACCUGUGUUCCCCACUGACAAAUUUCCGGCUGCCAUCUACCAGCGUCCGCCGCUACGUCCAUGUCGAGGUUCACUUCAUCAGAAGAAUCAACUGGAGUUCAGUGUUCACCUUCUGCAAGAACUGGCUCAAGCAUCCUUUGAACAUUGCUCUCCUCGCAUGGCUGCUCUGCGUCGCUGCAGCUGGUGGCAUGUUGAUCCUGCUCCUGCUAGGCUUGCUGAACAGGGCAUUCCCUUCCAAGCCGCUGAGGCACCACUGGAUAGAGAUCGACAACCAAAUCCUCAACGCGCUCUUCACUCUCAUGAGCAUAUACCAGCAUCCCGGCCUCAUCCACCACCUCGUCCUCCUCUGUCGGUGGCGGGCAGAGGAUGCCGCCGAGCUCAGGAAGGUGUACUGCAAGAAUGGCGACCGCCGUCCCGGCGAGCGAGCGCACAUGUCCGUCGUGGUGGCUCUCCUCCAUCUCACUUGCAUUUCCCAAUACGUGGUGUGCAACCUCUACUGGGCCUACCGCAGGAGAUCGCGGUCCGAGUUCGCGGAUAACUUUUUCUUCGUUCUCGGCGUCGUCGCGCCCGUCAUCGCCGGAGCGUACACGGUGUACAGCCCUCUAGGCAGGGACGGCGACGCUGCCUCCGGCGAGGAAACCAAGCAGCAGCACACAAGCGAAGCCGAGCUGCCUGAGACAAGAACAUUGAUCGGCGACCCCGUGUGGGCGGGCGGCCUGCUCGACUGCGGCGAGGACCCUGCGGCGUGCUGUCUCUCGUCCCUGUGCACCUUCUGCGUGUUCGGCUGGAACAUGGAGCGGCUCGGGUUCGGCAACAUGUACGUCCACACCGCCAUGUUCCUGCUGCUCUGCGUCGCGCCGUUCUGGGUGUUCAACAUCACGGCGCUCAACAUCCACGACUACGUCCUCGGCGACGCCGUGGGCGCCGCGGGGAUCGCGCUCUGCUUCCUCGGCCUGCUCUACGGCGGGUUCUGGAGGGUCCAGAUGAGGAAGAGGUUCGCGCUGCCGGGGAGCCGGUGGUGCUGCGGCUCGGCGUCGCUGAGGGACUACGCGCAGUGGCUCUUCUGCUGGCCGUGCGCGCUCGCGCAGGAGGUGCGCACGGGGAACCUGUACGACGUGGAGGACGGCGGCUUCUACGAGAAGGCGGUGGACGGCGGCGAUGCGGACGAUGGCGCAGCAUCGACGUCCGCGGUGGAAUUACCGGUCUCGGUGGGAGUUGCUGCUGGGGAUGUCAAACUCGGUUUGGACGGUGAGAUGAUCGCGCCCGCCCGGCCGAUGAUGGAGACCGGUGAAAGGCAAACAGGUGCUGCAGACGUUGCAGCGAAUGGUUGCACCGAGCUCAAAAGCUAAACCAGGCAUGAUUGAUGUUUGCGGUGUGCAAGUGCAACUAGUGCAGAAGCGGUAGUAGAACCGAUCUUGUUUUAUGGGGAUUGGCACUUUGUUUGUGCCGCAUGACGGCUACAGCACUAGGAGUACUACAUAGGAGUGACCGAGUAUGCUCUCGUGUUUGUGAUGCCCUUUUCUUCAGUUCAGCAGCUAGAAGUUACUCCUAAGUUUCUUUUGGUACCCUUCCAUAGCUGUUCGUUACUUUGGAUCCAAUAAAUCUGAUUUUUUAUACUA